UUGAAUCAAACAGCUGAGCUCGCGCGUGUAAAGCGAGAAGAACAGCAGCAGCAGCAGCGCAGACAUCAUUAUUACAGCAACAUCUACGCUAAACGGCUUCUCAACACACACCGAGGACGAUACAUCUGCAGUGUGUGUGUGUGUGUGCAGGAAUGAGGGCGCCUGAUGCCGUGUUUCUGCUGAGGGAAGCCGCGGUUCUCCACAGCGCUGUUCAUUUGUUCCUGAAUGGCGUCUCGGUUAUUAUUAGCGCGAACACACCGCUGAACUGAAGCUCUGAGGGGGAAUAAAGGAGGAUUCCUCACCGCUGAAGGACAGCACUGACUGUGUGUGUGUGCGUGUGUGUGUGUGUGUGUGUGUGUGUGUCCGCCGUGUUUUCAGCUGCAGGAGCAGAAAUGUGACAUUUUUCACACGCGCGUUUAUCCAUCGACCACAGAGGAUGCUUUCAUCGAUAAAGAUGUGCUCUGUCCAUGUGUUGGUCCUUCUGUUGGCGGGUCUGGAUGUCUGCUGCAGUGAGCAGGAGCGUCCCGCGGUGCCGCUGGGCUGUGCUCUGGGCCCGCCGCCACCCUACACGCUGCUGUGUGACCUGGAUGCGGUGUGGGGCGUAGCGGUGGAGGUGCUAGCGGCCGCUGGCGUGUUAUCUGCUCUGCUACUGCUGAUGGUGUUACUCUGCCGGCUCCACUCCGUAAGCGAGGCUCCGAAGCGCAGCGGCAUCGGCCUGAUAAUGCUAAUGCUAACCGGCGUCAUCGGCCUGUUCGGACUGAGCUUCGCGUAUCUGAUCAAGUUCAGCGAGAGCAUCUGCAUCAUCCGCCGCGCCCUCUGGGGGCUGCUCUUCUCUCUGUGCUUCGCCUGCAUGCUGGCGCAGAGUCUACGGCUGCGCAGGCUGGCUAAUGAGUCUCGUAGCCCCGGCGGAUGUGCACUGAUCGGACUAGCGCUAGGGUUGACGGCGGUGCAGGGGAUCAUCGCUGCAGAAUGGCUCCUGCUGACCGUGCUAAGGGAGGGUCACCCUGCAUGCCAGUUUCAGCCGCUGGACUUUACGUUAGCAUGUGUGUAUGUGCUAGCACUGCUGCUAGCGGCGCUAGUGACGGCAGCGUUAGCGCUGUGCGGGAAGACGCGGCAGUGGCACUGUAGUGUGGUGUGGCUGCUGGUGUCCUGUGUUCUGUCGGUCCUGCUGUGGGUGGCCUGGAUCGGUUUCUACGUCUAUGGGAACAGGAUGCUGGAUAAAUCUCCGGAUUGGGACGACCCAGCGUUAGCGGUAGCGCUCGUAGCUCAGGGCUGGCUGCUACUGCUGUGCCACGCGGCUCCAGAAGCACACGCCUGUCUCCGCGCUCCUCCGCAGCCGUCAGCGCCCGAUUACUUCGACACGUCCCAGAAUUCCUCACGCAUGAGGGAGGCCAGCCUGGACGAGGACAUCCCAAUGUCCCACCGGCAGUUCGUGGACAACCAGAGAUACGCCUUCGACGAAAACGCUGCAGGUUUGGGCGGUGGUGGUCAUCAUAACGGCAGCGGCGGAGCCAGACCCAGCGCCCCCUUCAGGAGUAACGUCUACCAGCCCACCGAGAUGACCAUGAUCCUCAACGGAGGAGCCGUUCCGUCGGCUCCUCCCACAUACACCGGGAGACAGCUGUGGUGAAGGAGACUCGGAGAAGAGCGACUGGAGACGUGGAGUCCGAAAACCCUGAGAGAUGAGAUGCAUGCAGACGUGCGGUGAUGAAGAAGCCGACAGUGCUAAAAUAAAGGACUGGGAUGCUGGUAUGUGUGGGCAAACACCACCGGACACGGUUCCCUUCACCAUCAGUAGCUGUAGUGAUUCUGAGUUUCCAACACCUUCUGCUGUUCAUUUGAGUUCCAUCACUGUCUGAAAUACAUCUCUAUAUAUGUGGCUUCAGAUCUGUCCUGAGCUAAUAUCGGGCUCUGUUCUGUAUGUUUCAACACUGGCUCAUUGGAAAUACACGCUUCAGUCUACAUUUCAGUGAAAACACAGGACAGCUGCAGUUUGUGCACCGCAACACAUGCUUUUCCUCUGAAUAAUCUGACAAAGGGGUAAGCAACACAACAUUUUGUUUUGAAAUUGGAAUAUAUGCUUCUGCUUCCCUCAUUGGCAGAUUAUUUUCCUUGUUUUAAUGAAAAACUCACUUCGUUUUGACUCAUUAUCUUUGUAAACAACACUAUAUUUCAUUCUUGUCUAUUUGGACUGAACGAGACUGAAACUGAAAGUAAGAACAGCACUUAUUGCCAUGUCAGUGAAUGAACACUAGAGGGCAGCAUGACCAACUUCAGUUCCUUUUCACACUAAUGAUCUUUACAGGAGGAUUAUUAUCAUGCAGAUCACUGCACCAAACCAAACCAACACCUCCAAACAACGUAACGCUGUCUACGAAUCAGUUUACGUCACCUGUCUAUCUCCAUAUGGAAAACAUUUCUGGCGUGGUCAGUUUGCUCGCUGCUCUCUCUCUGUAUGGUGUUGAGGGCUCAGGUUUGAGUCUGGUGAGGCGCACUUAAGAGAUAAAAGCAAUGUAAAAAUCAAGGUAGAACCAAGAGAACAGCCUAUUUUUGCAUGUGUAAACUCUUGUCUGCAAGUGUGCCUUCUAGUGGACAUAUUAAAGAAAGGCGGCGUGUAAAUGACACUUAUAACAGAAUGUAGCCCAAGUAACGUAUUUCAGAUUUGUAGUAACGUACACAGCGGAUUUAUCUCUAUUACUCUAGUGGAUUUAUCAUGUGAAACGCACGAAACACGCGUGUAAAUAGCGUAUUUUGUUCUCAAAAUGUAGACAGCGCCCUCUAGUGGAUUUGUCAUGUGAAACGUACAGCAAAACACACCCCAAGUAAUGUAUUUCAUUCUCUAAAUGUAAACAGCACCCUCUUGUGGAUUUGUCAACUAAAAUGUACAUCAAACGUGGCCCAAGUCAUGCAUUGUAGAUUAACAAAAAUAUGCACAGCACCCAAAGUAGAUUUGUCACUGGGAACGCACAACAAAACAUAUGCUAAAUUACGUGUUUCGGAUUCACAAAAAUGUAGACAGCGCCCUCUAGUGGAUUCGUCAUCUGAAACAUACAAUAAAACACACUUUAAGUAAUGCAAUUCAUUCUCAAAGUGUAGACAGCGCCCUCUAGUGGAUUCAUCAUCUGAAAUGUACAACAAAACACACCCUAAUAAAUGAUUUCAGAUUCACAAAUAUAUAGACAGCGCCCUCUAGUGGAUAUGUCAUCUGAAACGUGCAACAAAACACCAGAAGUAGCGUUUCACAAAAUCUCAACAUUUCCAAUAAGCCUGGUUUGGUAUGAGACAUGCAGAAUGAACACGUCUGUACAGAAGUUGUGAUUGUGCAGUGAAACCUACACCUCCUAUUCUAUCCUAUUCUAUUAAGUGCGUGUUUUGGGGUCGUCUGUGUGCAGAAUGAGUCCCCUAUGACACAUCGACAGCUCUCUUCUGUGGACUUUCCAGAUCAAAUGAAGUCUGAGAAACUCUCUGAUGCAGACGGGAUGUAUUUCAGCACUCUGAUGCUCAUGUGUUUCUCCAUAGUGAAUUAUUAGUGCUGUCUUGAACACAGUGGAGGGUGAGGCGCAGGGAGGUGAUCAUGCGGGAUGUGAGGACGCUUUUAUUUCAUUAUUAUUCUUUCUUCAAACUAACAUGGUUUAAUCACUGAGUUCAGACUCUAUGAAUAACUGUAUUGUGAAGGUACGCGUGGUCAGGACGCUGCUGAUCAAACCGUCUUCUUUUGGCUUGAUGUAGAUUGUUUUGUAGUUUGUAAUGACGUGAGAGUUCGUGUCCUGUUUCUAGUCCAGAUAUCUGAAAACUCUGAAAUCAAGAAGCAUUUUCUAGACAAGUGAAGCCUAGUUCACACUACAGGAUUUCAAUCCCGAUGUGGAAGUUAUCGAGCUCAGAUCAGGCUGUGAUCGGGGGAAAAUCUGGGGGUGCUCGACGCUCGGCGGUCUCCUGUGUGAACUACUGAACAAUACAUUAAAGAGGCUCGCUGUCACCUCACAGUAUCUAGCAUGCUGAAUAUUCCAGAGCAGUCGGCCGACUCGACCCCACGUGCGGUCAGAUGUAGUGAUGAGAGCAGGUCAGCAUGAGCUGAAUGGCUGUUGUAUUCAGGAGCUCAACAGAAAUGUCUGUGAUUGGCCAGAAUGGUCAUCGGUGCGCUCUCUUCGCUCUGUGUUUACACAGACACCAGAGUUCGCUACAUUCAUUUACAUUCAAAGCUUCCAUUGAGAUAUUAAAAUCAAGCUUUGAUUGUCUGUCGUCUUUGGCGGUUCAUUCCACUGUGGUGACCCCAGAUUAAUAAAGGGACUAAGCCGAAAUGAAAAUGAACGUCUGUCGUCUUAUUUAAUGAGUCCAUUACCCUACACGUAUGAUCUUUUUGGUAAUGCAGCCUGUUAAUAUGUAGUGAAGAUACUAGAACUCCCGCUGACAUAAACAAGAGCUACUGUACAGCACAGAAUAUGCUGAUUUAAGAGACGUAUGUGAAGUACAUUCAUGUGUUUACUAGCAGACACUUCUGUUCAUGUUAGCAGGAAGUUGCGAGGCAAAUAAGGCACGCAUAUUUAAAGUCACGCUGAAAAAUAGCAGACAUGCAGGCGGCCAUUUUGACCAUUAUGGUUAUUAAAGGUGGAGAUACGCAGUUCAUUUCUGUUUUAUAAUUAAAAAUAAAUACUCGGAUAUUUAGGGAACGUCAGGUGAUUGUAGAGAUGUCAGAUUUAUUUCAGUUAUUAAAUUACACGACUGAAAAGCUCUCUGCAGGCCUCUGUAGUGUUAAAGCCGCAUCUAUCCGCUUGCAGAUGAGUGGAUCCUCUGACGGUUCUUCAACGCUCCCUUGAAAGCCUUCACAGAGGUUUGAGACACUGUCUGUGAUGUCAUCAGCACGCAAGCAGCCAAUAGUGUUCAGCUUUUCCUGCAGGCUCCUCCCUCAUCAUGUCAUUAACGUUGGGGAACGUGUUGCUGUCAGAUCAUGUAGUGUGUGUGUGUGUGUGUGUGUGACGCCCUCUUGUGGAUCAGUGGCGUAGUGUGAACACCACAGUGAAGUCACGCAGUGUGAUCUGCCCGUGUUUAAAGUCCUGUAGUGUGAACUAGGCCUCAAUAAUCUAGUGUUGUGUUCAGAAAUGAAGUCCGAUUUUCCUGAAACAAGCAGAAUCAUCUGAUAAUGGGGGAAAUCAUCGCAGUGUUUUUGCGUUUGACAUUAUUUUAUUCCCCCAUUGGCAGAUAUUCCUCAGCUGGUUUUGAGGACGAUCGUAAUUUUGACAAUAUUUGCUCUAUAAAAUGCUCAGAACUGCUGGAUAUUUGGCCGUGAGUGUUCAGCAGUGACAUGAGCUCUGCUGAAGCAUAUAAACAGCUGCUGAGCAUGACAGAAAACAGGCCUGUGAUAUUACUGUGAAUCGUGUGUGUGUGUGUGUGUGUGCGUGAUGCUGCACACUGACCCAACACUAGCCAUAAUAAUUAAACAGAGAACAGAAAGCACAGCCUAUAUUAAUGGAACAUAUUUCAGCUCUUAUUUCAGUGUGGAUUGGUUUACGUUGACACUGUCUGCAUAACACACCUGCAUGAUGUUUCUAAUGGCAUUUCCAUGCACUAUUAGCAGUGUUGUAUUGGGUCACUGAUGCUUUAAUCUGGUCACAGCACAUGCAGAAGGGUUUCAGGCGCCGCUUCAUUACGGAUGGCCUGAAGAGACUUUCAUUAUCAGAGAAGUGCUUUCACUGUUCUGUCCUCCCGCACGUGCUGUUUCAGGUAGUUUAGCUGUCGGGUUUCUCAAGUGUGUUUUCUGGAUUUAGUCUGAUGGUGAGGGAAGCACUGGACACACACACACACACACACACACACACACACACACACACACACACGGCAUUAUUAGAAUCAAUAGGAGUGUUUUGGAGAUAUGGAUUUUUCAUACUGACUCACUACAUAAUCGUGUGCACAGAAAGCCUGUGCUCGGUCUAACUCAUUGACCCAGACACUAACCCAACAUUUAUACACAUGUAAAAUAAACACAUUCUGCAGGUGUUUGAGCCUGCUCAUGUACAGUAGGUCUCGUCUCUGCUGAGUUCAGCCUGCAAUACCCAGAUGAUCUGCUAGGUGGCGAUAUCACACACUCCACUGAAACUGAAGGAGUGUGCUGCACUUUCCCCAGCGGAGGAAAGACCUCACUCAACAUGGUGGUUCUUCAGCUCAUUAUUAUUGGAGAACCACUGUAAGUUCAGUAGAGAACAUAUAAAGGUUCUCCAGAUGAGCUUUGGGUUGGUCAAUGUGCUAAAGAGCACUAUAUACACUAUUAAAACAUGCUAAUAACCACAUUUACACUUCCACAGCAGCUUACAGGGUUACUUCACUCAGGAUGGACACUUCCUUUACUCUCCCUGGUUUCAAACACAUAUGAGUUUCUCCUGUUGAACACACACACACACACACAAAAAGAUAUUUUGAAGAAUGUUGGAGAGCGGUCCACAGAAUUAGUUUGUUCUACUAUGGAAGUCAAUGGUUACUGGAUUUCAGCAUUCUUCAGAAUCUCUUCUUUUGUUUGACAGAGCUCAUGGGGGUGUAUAAGCACUUGAGGGAGAGUACAGGUGCACGGACCCUUUAAUGUGAACAGUGGGUCGAUGGCUUGUCCUCCUGCUCUUAUUAUACAGAUCCUCUGAGAAUACACACACAUGUAAAAUAGACAUCAUCAAUAUGAAUCUGCUGGUUGCUGGAGUCUAUGAUCUGGACAUCAGGGAUCCGGCAUUCCCAGCAUGCACCAGCAGAUCAUCUGGUUUCUCUGAUCAUUAAAGAGUCUGAAGGCAUGUGUGUCCUCCAGCCAGAUCUCAAACUGUGAAAUCAACAGAAAUAUACAUUAUUUUAAUCAGAUCAUUGUUCCAGUAUACGUCUGUAAGGUCUAGUAGCGUCAUUAGAGUGUGUGUGUGUGUGUGUGUGUGUGUGUGUGUGUGUGUGUCAGAUCAGCAGGUCUCUGUUAAAGGGGCAGUUCACCUCAAAAUCAACAUGUACUCACUCUGUACUCUCCCCAAACCUUCAUGAGUGUAUUCUCCUGUUGAACACUGAAGAUGUUUUGAAGAAUGUUGGAAACCAGUAAAAACAAAGAGAAGUCAAUGGUUACAGGUUUUGUAGCAUUCUUCAAAAUAUCUUCUUUAGUGUUCUACAGGAGAGACACUCAUGACGGUUUGGGGAGAGUAAAGGGAGAGUGAAUGAUGACAGGAGUUUCAGUUUUGGGUGAACUGCCCCUUUAAGCUGAUUUGACCCGAUCUACACUGUAGAAACACUAUAGAGGAGUUCAUUUAAAAUGGACAUGUAUGAGCCUUUACACAGUUUUUAUCUGCUGUUAACCACUGGCUUUUCUAUAAAACAGCAUCAAAUGAACUCAAAUUGAUUAUAAUUAUAACUUAUAUUCCUGUAGAUUUACAGUAGACCUUGCUCAAAGAUAUUCUAUGCAACAUGUCAAAGCUAAAGAAACACAGAAACACACACUGAGAGCUGCUCGUAACGCAAGGCGAGCACUGAGCAUGUCACACUCUCACAACCUGAGCAUGAACGCUGUCUCCAUUUAUGAGCGCUGGUGUCACGAUGGAGCAAUCAAAUACAGGGUCAGUUCACCCAAAACUGACAAACCCGUCAUCUUUUACUCGCUCUUACUCAUUUCAAACAUUUCUGAGCUUCUUUCUCCUGUUGAACACUAAAGAAGAUAUUUUGAAGAAUGUUGAAGAACUGUAACCAUUGACCUGUUUGUUUUUGCAUUUAUGGAAGUCAGUCACUUAGCAUUCUUCAAAAUAUCUACUUCAGUGUCCAACAGGAGAAAGAAGCUCAGAAAUGUUGAUAAGGGAGAGUAAACGGUGAGUAAACGCUCAUUUUUUGCGUGAACUGACCCUUUUGGGGAUAUUUGCUUCAACAGUGUUUGAUGUGUUGAAGUUAUCUGAAUAAUGAGCUGAUUGAUUUAAAGGUAACCAUUAAGAUUGAGUGCAGUGGAGUGCAGUAAUAAACUACACCUAUAAUGUGAAGGGAAGGCUCCUGUUGCUUCCUAUAGGGCCUUCAAAUAAGCUAGACUUUCUUCUUUAUGUUGUUUUGCCAAGAUCCUGUGUGUGUAUAUGUAUGUGUGUGUUUUCCUGGACAUAAAAUAACCUGUGUAUUUUCACACGACUGAAGAGAAGUCAGCCAAUGUUGAUCACUUCUGUUGAGUAGUAUUAAUAAACUCUAGUAUGAUAUGCUCAUGAUUCUCCUGUAUUUUUCCUUCACCUCUCUCAGACUCCCUCUGUGUGGAGUGAUGCAGCAUGUCUGUGUGUAGAACUCAAUCCUCACCCAUCAGCAUAAUCUAUGAAUAAAAGCAUUCAGCAUUGA